CGCUAUUGCUAAACCCCUGCUAGCAACUGCCUACCGGGUGCAGACGUAUGUACCUUAGGUACCUAGUUUGCGACUUCCGGCCGCAAAGCACACGACUCAACUUUGUCCUUCUCCAACUCGCCUCCAUAUUUUUUUUCAAUGGCGAUUCGAGUUGGCGUUAGACAACUGCUUUAAGCCUUACAGGACGCAUCCUGUACGCUUCUCGCCAUUUUCUCCUUCCCAUAAGCGUGUUGUUUUGCUGAGUACAAUUAAUCAGCUAGGGCCUCUGUGAGAAGUGGUAAGACCGGAACUCCCAACGUCACUACGGUUAGCUCGGUUCGACCACACACCGCGAUAAUGCCUACCAUCCAGGGCUUCAGCACUCUAAGAGCGCGCUCAUAUGUGUUCCGUCUACCGUUAUUCACGCGCGCCAUGAUUGCUGUUAUGGUGGCGUUCUGGAUUGUCUCCAUCCAAUCUACGUGGGAUGUGCGACAAUGGGGCGCCUUAAUUCCCAACGAAUUGACUCUGUCGACUAUGUACCGAGUGAAUACCUUCCCGUUGAUACACCUUAACUUCUUCCACGCCCUCUUCAACAUCCUAUCCUUAACGCCGCUCCUAGAGAGGUUCGAGAACGAGUUUGGAACCUUGACCUCUCUCGCACUAUUUUUUGGCCCUUUAACAACGAUCCCGGCUUUGGUCUAUAUCUUUUGGGAGAAGUUCAUUGUAAAAGGAAAUACUGCCGUUAUGGGAGCUAGCAUUUGGGUGUUUUUACUGUUAGGCAUCGAGGCUAUUCGAACAUACAAGACCAACCCGUAUCUUGUGAUAGGAACGCAUCAUGUUCCGACAUGGACCACGCCUCUAGUGAUGGUAUUGGUAGUCGAGGCAUUGAUCCCCAACACUAGUUUCUUUGGUCAUCUGUGCGGCGUGGGCACGGGUUAUUUGUUCGGCCUGGGCUACCUCAAGUUCCUCGCACCUCCUGAGAAGGCUUUGCGAUGGAUCGAAGCUCGCCUAAACCUGCUAGGACGAUUGCCGCACUACGUCAGCGUAGACCAAAAGACGUACGGUAGGUUCGGCGUCUUACCAACCAGCAAUUCAACCACGCAGAUGACGCCAUUAGGCUUGAUGGGCUCUACGCAGCGAUUAGGUCCCUAGUGUGGGUUCCAAAGGUGUCCGAGAAGGAUGGGAAGGGCUUUAGUAAAUGCCACCCUGUAUAUAGCACGUGGUAAUUGGGCAUUCUGACAUUGCAUGACACUGGCGUUUCUGGGAGGCAAAACAUUGUUGGCAUCGCAAGGCCGUAUACUCAUCCGCCCCAUAGCACUUGUUUGCAGGAUAAGGAGGUUGGCUGUCUAUACUGCUAUAAACUUUUCUGAAUGCUUUGAGAGUAAUAUUUGUGAGUUGAUGUGACUUCUUGUCUUGAUGUCUUUAGUUUAGUUAUAUUCAUUCUUUUUCGUCUUGUAACUUCCUAGCUCCAAAUAUGUUCAGUUAAUAAAUAACCUUUUUUUA